CCACCGUUCAAGCCCCAUAGAAUCGCCCACAUGCGGUGCGUCCUUUCACCAUUCGUCCAUGUGCUCAGUAAUGCGUGUGUGUGUAGAUUAGAUGUGUGUGCAGUGAAUAGCCAUCUUCCUAUCAUCUGCCGACACGCACGCUUGAUCAAUCUGUCUGUCUGCACAAGAGGGAUCUGACAUCCAUCCAUCCAUCAGCAUCCACACACACUCACACAGACGAACAAACGAAUUAGCCCAUUAGCACUUCACGUGACCACUACAGCCACAGGCUUAACCAUCGAAUGAAUUACACUCCCUGUACACCACACACAGACAGUCAGAUAGUCAGCUGACUGACAAAUAAAUAAGACGGACGCUUCCGCAGGUCUUAUUAUCAUCUGCGGGACACCGGGGGGGCUCACAUGCAACGCAUGACAGACACCAUGAUCGCAUCCACAAUCGACCGCACCGCAUGUGGCUGCUAUGCGGGGAAGGUGGGAGAGGGAGAGGGAGGGAGGGAGGGAGGGAGGGAGCAGCCAAGUCACGUCACGUCAGUAGAAUUGGGAGUACAUCUGAGGCAGGCCACACACGGAGGAGAACGAAUGGUAUGCCGCUGACCGUGUGUGUGCCCGACUGACUCGUCCAAGUACUUACCUGGUACAUGAGGUCCUUCUUGACGUAACUGCACACACAGACAUCAAGACAACGAAUGUGUGUCUGCGUGACGUGAUGAUGGCUGUGGCUUACUGAUAAGUGAUGACCGGGUUCUUGCGCCUCUUGAGCCAUCUACACGCACAUACACACACACACACAUUCACUCAUGUGAGUCGAUAUCUGCCUGUGCUGCCACAUACUCGAAUUCGGAGUAAUUGCCCUGUUUCCAUGAUGGCGGCAUGCCCGAAAAGCCCCUAAUCGACUGCAUCUUGUGCGCUGCACAUACACACACGACAUCGACAUGAACGAACGGACGGACGAACGAAGGCGCAUAAGCAUUUAUAUGUGUGUGUGUCCGUGUGUGUGUGUGCUGUUUGUGCGCGUGUGUAUGAUCAUCGGUCGGUAUACCUACCGAUGUGCUUCUCGAUGCAUGCGCCCGUAUAGACGUCCUCUGGCUUCCCCCAGUACUCUGCACCUUUCCAGAACUCAUCAUCCUUCGGGUCAACUGACAUAGUCGGUCGUCACAAGAGUGGUUGAUUCGUGCGUGUGUGUGUUGCACCAGCUGUCACACAUGGCCUAGCCUACUCACCGAGGAAGCAAUUUUCCCAUCGCGUGCUGCCGCGCUGGCCGUCUGACGGCUUCUGACACAUGGCCUUCAUCAGCCCCCUAGACAGGACGUAGCCAGCCCCGCCGCUCGCGUAGCCCUGCUUCUUGUAGACCAUAUACUGACCCAAGUAGUGAGGCUGCACAGCACAGCAGACACAGAUGACAGACACACCAGACAGACAGACAGAGAGACACACAACAGGCAUCCGCACCAGUGCAUGACUCCUUGCCUCCCUAUCAACAAAUGACUACCUACCUGUUCUGGGUCGAAUUUCUUGAGGGCGUUGGCGAGGUUGUAAGUGACCAGGAAGAGGUCGUCGUCGACCUUCAUGAACCACUCGUACACACUCGCCAUGUCCUUCUCGCACAAAAACAUGUACGACUUGAGCACCUUCUUGUACAACACCUUUAGGUCAACACACACACGCACACACACACACAUGCGUCUACUGUGUCUACUCAGCCAUCUUUCUCUCUCUCCCUCCCUGUGUGUGUGUGUGUGUUGCAUUGCGCACCUUAUAGCCAUCAAUGUCAGCACCCAAUUCCUCUGUCUGCCCACACAGAGGAAUGGUUGCAGCACGUCCAUCCAUUCAUGUGUGUAUGUAUCGACGCCCACCUGGGCGAGUUUGGUGACUUCAUCUCUUUGUCUCUUCUCCUCUAUGUCUUUUGCCGGCGGCAAAGUGCCGACAAAUGUCAGCAAAUUGGCCAGGUGACGCCCCCAUGUCCUAUGGACACACACAGAGACACAUAAACAGAGAGAGGGAUGGACUCGUGUACGUGUGUCUGGCUGGUGUCACGGUGAAUGUGAAUGUGAGUGUGGACGUGCGGCUACCUGAAGAUGCGUUCCCUUUUCUCCAGGAAGGCCUUCUGGUGGGUGUGGAGGAUAACCAGUGCCUUAUCCAAGUCAUGAUCAACCCACACAGACCCGUUCUUCCUCAUGUCCCUGAAGUGCACUUCCAGCCCUCGCCAUGAGGUCAUGUUGCCCGUGUCUGGCGUGACAGCCAGGCCAUCGAGCAGUAUCUCCCUCAGUGUUGACACGUCCUGCUGCUGGCUGGCGUGGGCGAGGACCUUCUUGGCCAAUAAUGACGAGGCAUCGGACAGCUGCACACACGAGAGAAUGCACGACACGACACACGCAAACAAAAAGACAGUGAGAGGAGAGAGCUGGGUGGUGGGCUGGAGGUGUCUACUGUACUGUAGGUACCUUACCUUCUUGUCACCACCGGUUCCCUUGUCGCCUCUCAGGUUGCCCCUUCCCUCCAGGUCAACCACACCUACACACACACGGACACGGGCAUGUGGUGUGGACGUACGUAUGUGUGUUUGCGGUGGACCCGUGAGUGAUUGAUGCAUUUACCCAGUGUCUCGACGAGCAGCCUCUCCAACAACUCAGUGACGGCACGCAGCGAUGACAGCUGCACACAGACAGACAGACAGACAGAUAGAGAGGCGCGUGUGAUGGUUGGUCAAGAGAGGAGUGUGUGAUGCACACAUGACAUGCGCACCUCUGCCUCUGUCUUGACGCGUUGUGCGGUUUUGUCAAACAGCAGCUUCUUGGCGUCCUCCAGCUGCAGUGCCACCGUUCUCAACGACAUGCUCAUCUACACAAUCACAAUCACAAUCUUACACAUACACACAAGCAUCCACCCUCCCUCCCAUGCCCUGCGCAGGCUACAGAACAAACUCCAGUAUGUAUCUGUGUGUCUGUGGCACCUUCUCCAUCUCCUCUUUGGUGUUCUUGGCUCCUGCUCCUGCUGCUGCUGCUGCUGGUGGUGGGUUGGCCAGUGCUGCUGAGGACGAGUCUGCUGGCGCGGCGCCAGACAGUAUCGAGCCAUACCUACACACACACAGAGAGAGAGAGAAGAAGAUUCAGCUAGAUAGGAUGGACCAUCAAUCGCGUCCGCAUCAGUGUGUCUGGCGAGUAGGUGGCUGACCGUGCGAGGAUGUCUGUGAGGUUUUUCCUCUCCAGCUCGAGGGACUGCUGCGAUGCCUGCAGCGCCUGACGCUGUAAUGACAGCUCCUGAACACACACGCGCGCACAGACAGAGAGAGCAUAUGAGGGGUCUGAUCUCUGUAUGUCUGUGCACAGCAGAGAUGUGUGUGUGUGUGUGUGUGUAGCUUCUUUCCUGGUGCAGGGCGCUGAUGUUUGAGAGCAGCAUGCCUUCCCUGUGGCUGCUGUCUAUGUCGCCAUCCAGGGAGUCAUAUAACGACACACCACCAACACCGCCAUCCACAAGACCUGUGAGUCAGUGGGGGAUUGUUCGACCGACACGCACCAACACACACAAACACACACACACACACACACACACGGGCGUUGACUGCUGUCCACUGCGCGACGCGAUGUGUGUGUACCUCUGGAAGGCUGGUACAGGAGUAUCCUGACUGCAAUGCAGAGAGCAAAGGCAGAGAGAGAGAGAGAGAGAGAGUUUGGUCAAGAAGAUGCUUGCUAGUUGAGUGGAGUGGGGUAUUGCGAUUCAUUCUCUCACUCACUCCACGUCAGGAUUCCAAAGACGGAGAAAGCAGUUAUCAACACAUUCCUGGGAAAGGAACACACACACACGUGUCAGGUCAGGUCAAACAGCACAGCGAAGCUGCAGUUUGUGCGUGUUGCCGAUAGGUGUGCCCCCACGUGUGUGUGUACCUAAAUGACAGCAUUUGCCCCGCUUCUGAACACACAACCAAACAUCAUUGUCAAGACAAGAUGGUGACGAACGAACGAACGGAACGAUAAACACAGUACUGAUCACUCACUCUCUUUGUCUUUGCCUGUGCUGUCGCUGCUGCCGCUGCCGCUGCCGCUGCUCUGUUCCUUCGGCUCUGGGCGAUUGACGUGGACGAACGGUGCAAGCAGCGGGGAGGGCGCGUUUCGCAUCGCCGCCCAUACACACAGAUCUGAUCUAUCCGCAGACCCGCUGUCAACAAACAGCUACAAUGGGGCCAGCAAUACGCGAGAGUGUUGGAGAAGCUUCUUCUCCUCUUUGCUCCCGUCGUUG